UGUGUGAAUGUAAGUGUAGUGCAUCAUUCCUCUAAGGACCUCGCCAACUGGAAGUUACAGUUUUCACCAUCGGCGUACCUUAUCCCUUUUGGUCUGGUUCUUUUCCUCGAAGAGUAGAAACUUCUUUCAAGUUGCUUUUGUUGCAGGGUUAAGCAAAUGGCCAAUAGUGGCUUUGGUAAAAAAUCCACAAAAUGUUCCAACUGUUCAUCUACUUCUAAGAAAGGUGCAUUUAUUGUAUGUGCCUGUAAAACAAGGCUUUCUCCAAUUUCUGUGGUGGAAAUGUCCCAAGCAUCAAGCAUUGGCAGCUCAGAAUUUAUGGUUUCACCGGAGAGGAAAAAAGAAAACCAAACCAGCAUGGAUAGUUCCUCUGGGAAAGAUAUGCCCUCAAAAACCUCAAACGUGGAGAGAAAAACAUCUCAGCAACAGUGGAGUCGGGGCAACAUUACAGAAGGAAAGGUUCCUCACAUAAGGAUGGACAAUGGAGCUGCUAUUCAGGAAUUCUAUACCUUUGGAAAAAUAUUGGGACAAGGGAGUUUUGGAAUGGUCAUUGAAGCCACAGACAAGGAAACAGAAACUAAGUGGGCAAUUAAAAAAGUGAACAAAGACAAGGCUGGAAGCUCUGCUGUGAAGUUACUCGAACGGGAGGUGAACAUCCUAAAAAGUGUGAAACAUGAACACAUCAUACAUCUGGAACAAGUGUUUGAGACGCCUAAGAAAAUGUACCUGGUGAUGGAGCUUUGUGAGGAUGGAGAACUCAAAGAAAUUCUGGAUAGGAAAGGGCAUUUCUCUGAGAAUGAGACAAGAUGGAUUAUUCAAAGUCUCGCAUCAGCUAUAGCCUAUCUUCACAAUAAGGAUAUAGUACAUAGAGAUCUAAAACUGGAAAACAUAAUGGUUAAAAGCAGCUUUAUUGAUGAUAACAAUGAAAUGAACUUAAACAUAAAGGUGACUGAUUUUGGCUUAGCAGUGAAGAAGCAUGGAAGGAGUGAAGCCAUGCUGCAGACCACAUGUGGGACUCCUAUCUAUAUGGCCCCUGAAGUUAUCAAUGCCCACGACUAUAGUCAGCAGUGUGACAUUUGGAGCAUAGGUGUCAUAAUGUACCUCCUAUUAUGUGGAGAACCACCGUUUUUGGCAAGCUCAGAAGAGAAGCUUUUUGAGCUAAUAAGAAAGGGAGAACUACAUUUUGAAGAUCCAGUCUGGGAGUCCAUAAGUGAUUGUGCUAAAAGUGUUUUGAAACAGCUUAUGAAAGUAGAUCCUGCUCACAGAAUCACAGCUAAGGAACUACUAGAUAACCAGUGGAUAACAGGCAAUACGCUUUCUUCAGCAAGACCAACCAAUGUGUUAGAAAUGAUGAAGGAAUGGAAAAAUAACCCAGAAAGUGAUGAGGAAAAUACAACAGAUCAAAAGGACAACUGGUCCAUUCAAGAGAAGUUGAAAGAUUACCAACCCGGCAGCCCCAGUGGAAAUGUCCAGGAUAUCAGUAGCACCUCAGAUGAAGAGGAGGAGAAACAGUCCACGGCUUAUGUAAAGAAAUUCCCUGUGACCUGCAAGAAGGAAAAUGCAGACAACUUGGACACGAAGUGUGCAAGUUCCACAUCUAGCAGACACCUUCCAGGUGGCUUCAAGGCAGAGCCAGAGAAAUCCCCCAUGACUUCAAGCCAAGGGACAGCAACCAAAUACAUUGCCAAAUCCAAUGCCAUGCCUAGAACCAAAAAGAAACUCUAAGUGUCCUUCAGUGAUGCACGGUACAAACACAGAGCUGCUCCUGCUGGCGCUAAGAUGAGGCGAUGGGAGGGGAGAGGACAGGACCAGGAGGAGCCUUUAGCCACUUAGCCCUGCUGAGCCCUGCCCUGUGUUUGCACCAGCUGCACCGCGAAGGCAAGCCGGUCGCCGGCAGCCCGUGGUUCAGGCCAGCGGCCACCCGGCUCCAUGGCGGGCUGUGGCCGCAACCAACCCAAGGGGUUUUCGAGAGUUGUUUAGAGGAGUACAGGCCCUCAAAGCAAGGCGGUGGGCAUGCUUGCUCAGUUUUCCUUCAGAUUCUUAUAUUUAGGCACAAUGAUUUGUAGGAGAAAAUGAGAGCCGGAUAUGGCAGU